CCUUGUAGCAUCCGUCGCGCCAGCCUAGCAACUCAAGAUGGGCUUCACAACUGGUUUUACUGGCGGGGUUGCUCUGACACUCGGUAUUGCAUAUCUCACAGUCCUUGCCCAUGAACGGAAUCGACGGGCCCAAGCUGAAGCUCUCCGGUCACAAUCUCGCGUGCUUACAAGUCUGCUUGAACCCUCACCUAUACCUCCACCACAGAGCAGGGCCGAACUCGCGCGCGAAGAAAGGAGUUCGUUAACGGAAACGCUGAAAGAUAGAUGGAAUGAGGAGGUUGAGCAUGCCGUUCGGAGAGUGCAGAAAACGGAUUGGAAUGAAGUGCGAGAGGGGAUGGAAGGAGCUGUCGCGAGGAUUUUAGGGUCUGGAUUACAAAAGAGCAGGGAGGGCAUUGAAGAAGCGGGGAAGCAAACUGCUCCGAAGGUUCAGGACGCGGUCGAUAGGAGCAAAGCUGCUGCCAAGAAGGGUACCGACCAAGCUGCUGCUGGAAUCGACAGAGCUGCGGCAGCGACAAUCGCUGGGGCUGAACGGGUCGGUGCUCAAGCAAAGGAUGGUGCAAGCAAGAUCGCUUCUGCAGCCAAGGAGAAGGCAGAUCAAGCGGGUAUCAAGACUGGAGAGCUUGGAAGUUCAACGAAAGCGAAGGUCGACCGGUCAGCUGCUGAUGCAAAGACUGGUGCUGAGGAUGCUGCGGAAGCCGUGAGACAUGCUGGCGGAACCGUUGAUGCGGCCCGCGGUGCUUUGAGGGAUACUUUCAACAAGGGUAUUGAAAAGGGCAAGGCAACAAUCGGAAAAGCUCAAGCUGCAGUUGGUCUGGCGACUGAGAAGAUGGAAAGCAAGGCACAAGCAGCAACUAUGAGCCAUUCUUCCGCCGUUGAGAAGGCUCUCCACGAGCGAUAUGAGAAACCGAGCUCUUUGGAUAAGAGUGUUGAGGAGACCCUGGCGGAAAGGUAUAAGCCCAUAGAAGAGAGGGAUAAUACCGUCCUACGUGGCAUGUAAAAUGUGUACAAAUCCUAAUGACCGCUGCUUGUAUCAAACUGUUCUUCUCAAUUUUAAGGAUCUGCUCUUCAAGUGGCAAGCAGUGAGCGUCUAGACGAGUUAGGUGAAAAAUAAAUUGGAAUUAUAUGUCAUGCGAAACGAUCAGGAUCUCUUUCAAGGUUUCCAGGAUUUGCUGGACUUCGCAUUUAUUCACAGAAACUUCUUUGAGUCAAGAAAGCAAACAAAAAAAGGUAGAUAGGUAUGAUGACCG